CAAAGUUAAAGUUUGAUGAUGUUGAAAAUACGCCACCACAACUCUGAUCGGUAAACCUUCUGAACAAGCUUCCGUCCUAGUGUAAAGAAACCUGGUUUUACAAUUUUUUCAAAGAUUGAUUUCAAGAAUCAGAAGCAAAGAUAAAGAAACCUUUGGCAAUUCAAAGGCGGAGAAGUACGACCGGAGCAGCCCCCAAGAGUCUUCCAGGAAGUGGAGAUGAGGAAGUGAAAAAUCUAACGAGCAGCAAGAAAAAGUAAAAGACAAGUAAAGCGCAGAAGCAGGAGGAGGGGCAGCACCACUGCACGGAUCAUCGUGUGGCGAAAAAGUCCAUGAGCUCACUUUUAUUUCCGGCCAGAAGUAGUUGCUGCUCUUGCUUCCAAGUGACCAGCUCGUGCCGAAGGAAAGGAAAGCAAAAGGCGUGCCGGCUGCACACAAGGAGGAUCAGGAUAAGUGAAGCCGAAGCCGGGGCCGCAGGAACAAAUUGGACAAAGUCAACGUCAGCAGGCGGUCAAUCAAGUUUGCUACGAAGAGCAAGGGGAGCAUCGUCGAGCUACACGAUCAUUUGGGACUUAACCACAACGAGUCGUCUGUUUUGUGAGGAUCAGGCUGCAAAGAGCUUCAUCAUUUCGGCUGAACAAGAAGGAGUACAUCCACUGGCACUGCCACAAGCAGCUGUAGCAGCGGCUUCUAGACUGCGGGUGACGACGAGCACAACAAAAGAUCCCCACGGUAAUAAACAACUCUCUGUAUGGGCGGGUGCUGCAGCGCAAAAGCAAGUACUUCUCGUGGAGCUCCGCCAGAGCAGCAAGAUGUCGAUCGCAGUCCGACGUACCGCGUCACCGAGCGACCAAGCCAGGCAGAAGGUGAGGCAGAAGAAGACCCCAACUACACCACCUCGGACGUUGACAGAUAUGCGACAGGUUCACGCAUAUCAUCUUCGGAUUCUGAUAGCAGUGGCAUAAUCAGAUAUUUUCAUCUUGUCUUUACUGCUUUGAUUGUCAUGUUGACAAACUUCGAACUUUCUCUUGCAUCACGCCAUGAUUCCAGAAGAAUCUCAAUCUCUGACGACUUUUAUUGCCGCCAUGCUCGAGCUUUUAUUCCGUUUUCAACAUGAUCAACACAGCCCAAGAGAACAGUGGUACGGAAACAGAUGGCGCCCUCGGAUACGACGACCCGGUUGGAAUUUCCUCCUCGCGAGGACACGGUAGCCAUCAGAAUAAAAGCAGGACCACCAGAACCACCCGGGCGUCGGCGUCCGCAGCGGUCGCGCCACACAGUCCCGGUGGUGGAAACAACGUGAGAAAAAGCGGGAUCAAUGUGGUAGCGAACCUAACCCCGGCCUGGAUCCGUGGUGGCGGGGGCCGAGCCCGGGACGAAAAUUUGUCCGUCAUCAUUCCAGGCGAUGACGAUCGCGCAAACAGAAGCGGGCGGGCCACUACAACUUCCGGCUCCGUUUACGCGCCGGGGCCUUCUGCAGGUACGGGCGGAGAGGAUGAUAAUGUUCCGGCACCACCGCCGCGCCGACUCCACAGCCCGGAUGACGCCAUUGGCAGCACUAGUCCAUCUGCUCGAGAUAGAGCGUACGAACGCGGACGAGGGGUCUUCGGUGCCGGGGAGAAGAAGAAGAAACCCUUCGGAGCUGCAUCAGGGCCUUCCAACAUGUUGUUGCCUCGGUCCGGGGAUUCCAGUGCGAAAUCCAAAACUUCCUCCCGGAAAUCCUCGAACGCAGCCCAAUUUUUACCGAAUAGCACGGGUGGUCCUUCGAAGCCCCCGAUUUUGCCGUCGACGGUUCUAGGAACAACUUCUACAGGGGGCGGCGCCACUGGUAACACGUCGUUCAAAAAGCAGCUGGGAGGAGGACCCGGUGCUGGGAGCGGUCGCUCGGAGAUGGACGAUGAUAUUGCUUUUGCUGGAUCUGGAGGACCACAAAGCACCAGGACGCGGGGGGGUACCAAAUUGCAGGUCCCUUUUUACAACGAACAGAACAAGAUGCGCUCGCGGUCCAAUGUCGAAUCGCCGGCUUCCCGACGAAAUAAGAGGUCCUCCACCGCUACCCCAAACCUGAACAUGUUGUCCCCGCGCUCGAAAUCCGCGGCCGCCAGCGCGACGCCCAAAGCGUCCGCACGGAACAGAGCGGGUGGUGGUGCUGCUCCCCCCGCGGGAAUCGCGAAUGAGCUCGACCAGAGCCAGGAGGUGACGCGGCAGAUGUUCGACAAAAACACCCUGCGCCUGAUGCCACAGUGGGCCCCCCUGUUUGCGGACUGCCUAGACAAGAUCGGAAAGGACGGGGUCGCGAAGUACCUGCAGGAAAGCCACGGUAUCAAAUCGCUGGCAGACCCCGCAAUGGUUGUCUCAUCGAGUGGUACAUCAACUACAGGAGGAGCUUCCGCUAGCACAUCUUCCUCCUCUAGUGCAACUCAAGUGCGCAUUUUCUGCCGCAAGCGACCACUGUUUGAGAAGGAGGAAGAAGCCGGGGCCUACGACUGUGUGCAUGUCGCGUCCUCUAGUACUUCCAAGCAAAUAAAUCCGACGUCGACAACUACUAGUUCAAGUUCUUCGCCCAGCACAGCACCCCCGCCGUCCUACGUGCUCGCGAGUGCGUGUAACUUCGAAGCGGACCUGAAAACGCCCUUCAUUCAGCAACACGGCUUUGCUUUCGACUGUGCGUUUGACGAAACGAUGGGAAACGAAGAGAUUUUCCUGCACAUGCGCGACCGGGAGAAAUUUUUCUCCGCGGACAAAUUCAACGUACCAGGGUCGAUCACGACGUUGUUUAUGCUGGGACAGACGGGAUCGGGGAAAACGUUUACAAUGACCGCAAUCGAAGCCUUUGCCGCGACAGAGAUUUUCAAAGCGAAAACAAACUGCAAGGUGUCGUUUGUCGAGCUGCGCGGAAACAAAGUUUUCGACCUGCUGUACAAGGUAGGGGAAGAAAUCAUUUGUUUAAGAGAAAUUUUGAAUUUAGUAUGGUAUUUUUUGUUGUUCAAUAAACAUCACACUGAUGCAUUUACACGCAGAAAGAACUAAAGCGCUAUUCUGUGCGGUUGGCACGCACACUCGCAUUUUUCCUUGAAGCAAGGAUUCUUCGUCGAAAGGUGCAAUUUUAAUUUAAUGAUCUCAACUCUGCGAACAAAAUAGUGUUAGUGUUUGAUUAUCUCUUCCAAUUAUUCUUCUGACUCCGUACAACAGGGUCGGUCCGCAACGGAGGUGCAGAUUCGGGAAGUUUCCACCGGUAAGUACGUUGUCCAAGACGCAGAAAUCCGCGAGUGCACCACGGCUUUGGAGUUGCAAAAUUGGAUGAAGACGGGGCACGACAGGCGACACACCGAAGCCACCGGCGCGAACGACACGUCCUCGAGAAGCCACGCUGUGAUCACGGUAAAGAAAGUUGAGGUUGAGUUGGAACAUGCAUAAAAAUGAAACGGAACAUGAAGAAGCGCCUUUACUUUUUGGUUUUGAAGAGCAAUCAACGCACAGAUUUGAUGGCUGAAAGCAUCAUGCGAUGAAUGCACGACCCGUAACAAACUUUCGAAUUCAGAUCUCCAUGGGUAACGACUGUCGGUUGAUCCUUGUGGACGCUGCGGGCACGGAACGGUCCAAGGACCAGAUGAGCCACACGCGGGAACGGCAGGAGGAAACCGCGGAAAUCAACGCAUCCUUAUACGCGCUGAAGGAGUGCAUCCGACAUCAGGGGGGCGACAUUCCUGCGCAUUUGUUCCGGCAGAGCACUCUGACGAAGUUACUUGCGGAGUCAUUCCGGAAGCCGCCGACACGUACGUGAGUUGUUGCGAAGUAGAUUUUUUUAGUGCUGUUUUUUGAGCGUCUAGAGCGGGGAGAAGGUGACCGCUGCAAUUCAUAGAAAAUACAGCGAAGCAAUGACAAUGACUCAAGAAAAAGUCUGAAAACGGUAUCGCACAUCAAAACACGAACCUCUCAGCCCCGAAACCCGUGAUAAACCGCCUUCCCGGCACCAGUCCCAAAACCGCCCUUGCGAUGGCAUCGCGCGCGUCGCAAUUGGGAGGACCUGCGCCCGUUGAUCAGCUCCUCUCGACGACGUCGCAAGAAGUAGAAGGCACCGGGUUCUCAUUCGCAGACGGUUCUUCGUCCGGCGGUCCAACCCGAUUGAUCGGCGUGAUUGUCACGAUAUCGCCGAACGUUACCGACAUCGAGCACAGUCUGACAACUCUCCGCGCCGGCUACGGAAUGAAAAACAGCAAGCAGCAGUGCACACACAGUGUGAAACUGACGGAUCUGAAAAAAUUUAUCGGCGAAAAGGACAUCCGCUACGUACCGGUGAACAAGUGGACCCCAGAUCAGGUCGCACUCUGGGUCACGUCCCUCCAGCCCCCGGCACCAGACGGAAAGUCGGAGCUGCCGAAAAAGCUCCCGGGGGGAACGACUGGGGCGAUGAUGCUGCGGUUUCAGGCAAAUCGAUUUCACCAGGUGUUUAUGCAUUGCAAAAGUAUCGUACACGUUCACGUACUCGUAUAAAUGCAUUACAAAUUUCCUCAGCAUGAGAAAUGGAAUCUGUUGUGCUGUUUUACCUUAGGAAGAAGAUUUUUUGUCAUGCAUAUUUACAAGUACUACGACUACGAGUGCGAUACUUUUGCGCAGGAUAGUGCUUGGCGACAAGCUCGGGGAGAAAGUCUACACUAUUUCCUGAAAAUUAAGCACUUCCAUCCAAUUUGUCAUGCAGAACAUGUAGUAAACGUAAAGUCUGUGUUUGUCAUGCAAAAAGUAGAUCAUGGGGAUGGUUAGAAAUUUUCAGGGAAUAUACACCCAACUUCGCAAAGAAGUGGAGACACCGACGGCCUUCAUAUAUGAUGAUGACUAGACUUUUUUUAGGUGGAUCAUACGAGGUUGGUGGCUGGCACCGGAGUAGAUCGGAGUCCUGGAUGAAAAAACGAUUGUUUAUUGAUCUUCAUACCAACCCAAAAUUACUGACACCAUUGAUAAAUUCUUCCUUUUACCAAAUCCAAAUCUAGCGACAUUUUACCACUUCUCAGACCGCGAGGCUGCUGCUUGGUUGUCGUUUCAAUGUGUUUUGUCAUAGUGCUAUGUUAAUGUUUCUCACAUGAACACGCGUAGUGCUGCUCCUGUCUCUUCGAUCUCGAUGGGAAUGGGUUCUGUUCAACAACAAAAAAUUCGCCGUCGACGAUGAUUUUUUUUUGCGUUCGUCGCAGCUUAUUUCAUACGGACGGAGCGGGAGCUGUGCAACAGGCAGGGAUGCGUUGGUGCAUGAUAUCGUGAUUUCUGAUGAUGUAGUGAUGAAAUCCAAGAACCAGCUGUAAUCGUCUGUCUGGCCGCGCCCGGUGAUAAUCACCAUGAACGAAGAUGCCGUGCCAACAAUUCACAUACCAACUGCCGUAGCAGAGAAGCGGAAGGGAAAUAAG